AUGGCCAGCAAGUCGCAUCCAACGCCCACCGACGAGCUCGCGCAGCUUCACACCCUCAACGCCGUCUCGCCCGCCCCGUCGCUGGCCCAGGAGUCGCUGCAGCCCCGGCGCAUCUCGCAGGCCUUCGCAGAGACCCUCGACGAGCCCGCUGAGCUCUCGCCCGCGCGGUCUACCGGCCACGGCCACGGCCUCGAGCAGGUCGACAUCUUCCUGGCGCCGCACGAUGGCCGACCGCAGCCAGAGACGGAGACGAUCGCAGAACCGCCAGGCCAUCAGUUUGUGCCGACGAGCGAGGUGCAGUUCGCGGCCUUCACGCAGCAUGCCCUGCCGCAGAACAUGAUACCCCAUUUCCAGGCUGCGCACGCCGACAUGCAGAUGGGCAGCUCGCUCGGGGACGGCCACUUCAAGAACAUGAAGUCCAUCCCGAACCCGCCAGAUCUCGAGAAGUGGCGGGAGAAACUGUUCAACGUCGAGGACACCAUCGUCCUAAGCGAAGAAGAGUUCCAGACGUACUUCCCACACGUAGACAACGUCUACUCCCACCGCUCUACGCAGAGAUAUAAACGCAAGCCGUUCGUCUCUCACUACUGGGACUGCCGGCUGAAAGGUCGGCCGCCGGGCACGCCCAAGACUCACGAUCCCAACAAGAAGAAACGAAAGCGAACUGCCCGGGAACGGAACCUAUGUGACGUCAAGAUCAAGAUCACCGAAUACUUCCCCGGCGCCAUGAACGUCUCUCAGGAUAUGGCAGCGGGCUUCGAGCAGGUUUCCCCAAACACGCAGUCGUCUGACCUCCUCGUGGCACCGGGGUCGUCGAACGCACAGCUCGACGGCUCCCAGCCCUUUGGCGUGCUCACUCCCAGCGCAAGCUUGCCGCCCGGCCACCCCGGCGUGACUGGAGCACGCUACUAUACCAUCCAGCGUGUGAACGGGAACGGCGGGAACGGGAGAUCAGACUCGGUCGAAGGCCCACACAGACACACGCUAGAGGAGAGUGACCGGAUCAAGAAGAAUAGCGUACAGAGGAACUUGCUGAAGGAGGAAAAGGACAAGAAGAAGUCAAUUUCUCAGCAAAAGUCUUACCAUAAACGCGCAUCCGGCUAUGCAUUCGAUACUGUGAAGAGGCAUACAAAGGACAGUGACCUGAAGCUCUACGGCAGCUGUUUCUGCCCGUUUGUACAGCGAGUGUGGGUUGCGCUUGAAGUCAAGGGCAUACCGUAUCAAUAUAUCGAGAUAGACCCGUAUAAGAAACCCGACUCCCUGCUCGAAGUCAACCCGCGUGGACUCGUGCCCGCCAUCCGCCACGGUAACUGGGGCUGCUACGAGAGCAGUGUUCUCCUUGAAUACCUCGAGGAUCUCGACAUCGGUAAACCCCUAUUACCACCCGGUGAUCCACAGCUUCGUGCUCAUUGUCGUCUCUGGGUAGACCAUAUAAACCGUCAUAUAAUACCCUGCUUCUACCGCCUGUUACAAGAGCAAGACAUCGCCAAACAAAUCACCUACACUGAACAACUAAAAGACCACAUCAGCAAGCUCGUCAACGCCUCACACGUCCACGGCCCUUUCUUCCUAGGCCGCAGCAUCUCGUUCGUAGACAUCCAUUUCGCUCCUUGGAUGCUACGGCUCACCCGCGUACUUAAACCGUAUCGUGGCUGGCCUGAUCCGGAACGAGGCAGUCGUUGGGCCGCCUGGAUGGAAGCAGUAGAGCUAGACCAGCAUGUCAUGGCGACUACCAGUGCGGAUGAUCUGUACUUGGAUAGCUACGAGAGAUAUGCAGGUGGAAAAUCGCCCAAACACGUCGUUGUUGGCGAACGCUAUUAA